AUGAAGUCUGUGGCAUUCUUGAGCGGUGUUGCCCUGGCUGGUAGCAAGGUGGUGGCUGAGCCGAUUGUGGCUUUCGAUGGCUUGUAUGGCCCUGCUCCUUACACCGCUGCCAUCGGUGGUGUGUAUCCGGAGAUGUACCCCAACUACUCCAACUAUCUCCGCGGCGGUUAUAGCGGCAAGGCGUGGAAGAGAGGCUAUGGUUUCGCCCCUGCUGCGGUGGCUGCUGCCCCCAUUGCUGUGGCCGCGGCUCCUGUGUUCCCGCCCAUGGUCGAAGUCGCACGCCCCCUUGAACUGACCGCCAGACCCGCCAUUGAGAUCGCGCGUCCCCUCGAAUUCGCCACCAGACCCUAUGACUGGACCGGCCGUCGCACUCUUGAACUCGCCCCUGCGCGCUUCGACCUUGACUACCCCCCUGCCCGUGCCGCUCUUGAUUUCGCCACCUUCGCACGCAGACUCGGUGAGGACGAGGAGGCCGCCGUGGAACCCGCCGUUGCUGUCGAAACCGCCACUGCUGAGGAACCCACCGCCGAGAAGAGACAACUUACCGCUCUCGAAGUCGACCAAGGCUACAAGGGCUAUGCUGGCUACGGUGGUUAUGCUGGUGGCUAUGGCGGAUACGGACCCGGCUUCGGCUACGGCGGACUCGUCGGCUACCCCAGACCCUACCCUCUCCCAUACCCCGCUCCUGGCAUCGGACUCGGUGGCUGGUGGUAG